UCAUGUCCUUAAAUCUCACGUGCCUCCUUCCCUUUUAACGGCGCGGAAAUCCCUCCUCUUUUCCUUCCCCACCUCCGUUCAAACUCUCUCCUCUUUGUAAAUCUAUAUACAUUUCUAUACACUCUUAUUUUUUGUAUGUAUUACGGCUAAAAUUAUUUUCUUGUAAUUUAUUAGUAGUGCGUAAUGUAUCUAUAUAUAUCUAUAUCUAUAUUAUUAGUAGUAUGAUGGUGGAGGAGUUUAUUAUUGUAUGCACAAAUCUAAUCUAGCUCGUAGAAGCCCUAACAUUAAUAUGGAGCGCCUUCUAUGUUCCCAAUCCCGCAAUCCUUUCUAAUGUUACAAGAAGAGAAGGUUUUUUAAGUAUAGAUAUAUUUGAUUUAUUCGGAGGUAUAUUUAUUUACAUUGGAGGGAGGGAUGGGGGCCGUGACGUCCACGAUGGCUGCCAAGUUUGCGUUUUUUCCGCCGAAUCCACCCUCGUAUGGGGUGGCAGAGGACGAAGGGACCGGGAAAUUGAGGAUGACGGGAGUCGCCGAGAGGGACAACGUCGACGUUUUGAGGCUGGCGACGAAGAGGGGGACCCGGAUUGUGGCUCUCUACGUUAAAAACCCGGCUGCGUCCCUCACUUUGCUCUACUCCCACGGCAACGCUGCUGAUCUGGGCCAGAUGUAUGACCUCUUCAGCGAACUCAGCCUUCAUCUACGCGUCAACUUGAUGGGGUAUGACUAUUCAGGAUAUGGACAGUCUACUGGAAAGCCAAGCGAGCAGAACACUUAUGCUGACAUAGAAGCGGCAUAUAGAUGUCUUCUGGAGAAAUAUGGGGCAAACGAAGAAGAUAUAAUAUUAUAUGGGCAAUCUGUUGGGAGUGGUCCAACUUUGGAUUUGGCAUCCAGAUUAUCACGGUUAAGGGCUGUGGUUCUUCACAGUCCAAUCAUGUCUGGUCUUCGUGUUAUGUAUCCAGUGAAGCGCACUUAUUGGUUUGAUAUAUACAAGAAUAUCGAGAAAAUACCAUUGGUUCAGAGUCCUGUUUUGGUAAUCCAUGGAACAGCAGAUGACGUUGUGGAUUGCUCUCAUGGCAAGCAGCUUUGGGAGCUAUGUAAAGAGAAAUAUGAGCCAUUAUGGGUAAAAGGCGGCAACCAUUGUGAUUUGGAGCUUUAUCCUGAGUAUAUUAAGCAUCUGAAGAAAUUUAUAUCAGCUAUAGAGAAGUCAUCGCAUUUUAGAAGUGGUUCAAUGCCACCUUCAGAUCAAAUGGACGCUGCCCGUAACAGCACAGAUUGUAGACCUAGAUCAAGCACGGAUCAGAGAGAGAAGUCUAGGCUGAGUAUUGACCAGAGGGAGAAACCUAAAGCAAUGUCAGACCUUAGAGAGAAGUCAAGAGCCAGUGUUGACAGGAGAGAAAGAUCUCGAAAGAGUGUGGAUUUUUCUGAAAAAGCAAAUAAUAGCUCAGAACAGCCGGAAAGAGCUAGGAACAGCAUUGACCGCUUUGGAGAGAUGAUGAGAUCAGCAGUAUUGUGCAAUAUUGAUUGUUUCAAGCCUGCAGGAGCAAAGAUCUGAGGAUGAAGGAAAGGAUAUGCACGCUUAGAAUGACCAAGUUCCAUGUUCCUCGUCAACUGGCUGAGCUUGUCAUGGUGAAUUUUAAACUGGUCCAGGCUUGCCUUCUUUCUGUUGUCUGUGCGCUUUCUAUGGAUCACAUGUGCUGAAUGGCUUCAAAGAAUUAAGGCUACUGAGAACUUUCUCUUCCAUGUAAAGGUUUGCCUAGCUUGGAUGAUUUGUACAAAUAUGCGUUCAUUGACCUCACAAGACUCGAAAACUUAUACAUAUUUUGAGGAAAUUACUUGGGAAAUUAAGAAGGGGUUGGGAUGUAUAGCAGGGAAACAACUAAUUUAUGGCUUUUCCUUUCUUCAAUUUUUAUUCCGUGAGGGAGCUGGUGGCCGUGGAAGGGCAGGAAUCAGGGGCCUGGUCAUGGUGUCAUUUUGAUAACUUUAUCUAUGAUUUUGGUGGCUAAUGUUUUUUGUUAAUGCAAAUGCAAGGCACAACUUUACAGGGUUCCACUGUA